ACAAACUCGCCCCCAUUGUAGUUGAAGCCCUCCCUCGUCCUCUCUCUCUCUCUCUCUCUCUCUCUCUCUCUCUCUCUCUCUCUCUCACACACACACACACACACACACUCAUUCUCGCACCUCCACAGAAACCCUAGAAGCGAUUGUUCGUUCCUUUCAUAGCCUUUGAAGGUUGUCUCGACACCAUCUCUGUACACAUGGCGGAAGCCGAACAUCAACAGGGCUUUGUUGAGCACAAUGGGGAUCAGGUGCCGGAUGAAGGGUUGGAUCAAGUUCAUAACGGGAUACCAUAUCAGAUGCAUGACCAGACCCUUGGCCACCAACCAUACGAGGUUCAAGAUCAGACACUUGAACCACAGCAGUAUGAGGUUCAAGAUCAGAUAGAUUACCAGCAAUACCAGGGGCAGGAUCAGGCUCAUGAAGAAGUACAAGAUCAGUCUCAGGACCAGUUGCAGUAUCAACCACUAGAUCAAGAGCAGUAUCAGCUGGAAGAUCAGACUGAAGAUCAAACGGAGUAUCAGGUGGAAGGUGAGGCACAAGAUCAGGCUGGUGAUCAAGUGCAAGAUGGAACGGCAGAGCACGAAGGCAUUCCUGAGCAUGUUGAGCCCCAACAGAAUUCAGAAUGCGAAGAUGGGACUGCUGUUGGAGGUGAGGAGAAGAGAUGGCCUGGAUGGCCUGGAGAGAGUGUGUUCCGCAUGCUGGUUCCUGCCCAGAAAGUGGGUAGCAUCAUUGGGCGUAAAGGAGAUGUCAUUAAGAAAAUAGUUGAGGAGACAAGGGCGCGGAUUAAGAUUCUUGAUGGUCCUCCUGGCACAACAGAAAGAGCUGUUAUGGUCUCUGCUAAAGAAGAACCUGAUUCGCUGUUACCACCUGUGAUGGAUGGCCUUCUGAGAGUCCACAAAAGGAUUGUUGAUGGUUUGGAUGGUGAUCUUUCUCAAGCACCACCGCCUUCUAAGGUCUCAACAAGACUACUAGUCCCGGCAUCUCAGGCUGGAAGCUUGAUAGGGAAACAAGGAGCAACAGUAAAAGCUAUUCAAGAAGCAUCUGGUUGUGUUGUCAGAGUUCUUGGUUCAGAGGAGUUGCCUGUCUUUGCACUUCAAGACGAUAGGGUUGUUGAAGUCGUGGGUGAACCAUUGAGCGUGCAUAAAGCUCUGGAGCUGAUUGCAUCGCAGCUUAGAAAGUUUUUGGUGGAUCGUAGUAUUAUUCCAUUGUUUGAAAAUCAGAUGCAAAAGCCAACACGGACGAUGGAUCAUAUGCCUCCACAUCAGCCUUGGGGUCCACCUCAAGGCCCUCCUCCGAGUUCUGGUGGAGGUCCGGGUUAUGGUCACAACCCUCCUCCAUAUAUGCCACCGCCUCGGCACGUUGAUAAUUACUACCCUCCUCCCGACAUGCGCCCUCGUCCUAUGGAGAAACAGCCUCAUCAAGGUAUAUCUGCGUAUGGAAGGGAACCUCCAAUGAAUGUGCAUGCAUCAGCAGCAGCACCCUCGAUGGUCACCCAGCAGGUGACGCAGCAAAUGCAGAUUCCCCUCUCUUAUGCGGAUGCUGUUAUCGGGACAUCAGGUUCAAGCAUAAGCUACAUUCGACGUGCAAGUGGAGCAACGGUCACCAUUCAGGAAAGCAGGGGAGUUCCCGGUGAAAUGACCGUCGAGAUAAGUGGAACUGCCUCUCAAGUCCAAACUGCUCAGCAGCUUAUCCAGAAUUUCAUGGCGGAAGCAGCUGGGGCGGCGGCACAAGCACAGCCGACGGUGUCCACGGAGCAAACCUAUAAUCCCUAUGGAACCCACAGCUCGGUUUACACAUCAUCGGCCACGAACCCACCUGGGGGCUAUGCAGCAGAUUAUGGCUCCUCGGGCUACGGGUACUGAUCAAUGGCUGGCUACGGCGCCGGCCAUGUUUGAGCUUUUUUUUUUUCAGUAAAAGGACAAAAGAGAGUUGAGAAGAACCCUAGUGUCAGUAAUCGUUGUAAUGUCGCCACUGUGGUUUGUCGUGUUAGGUUUAUUUUUGCCUCUGCUUCCUUCCUUACCUAAAUGUGGUUUGAACCAAUUUUUUUAAGAUUGUACUAAAAGAUUUGGAGUUUAUAGUUAAUCCCAGGAUCCUUGGUUUUCGUCGGUGA